AAUAAACAGAGAGUCGGAACAUGCUCCAGCGCCACCACAUACCCGCAAUCCAUCUCCUCUCCUCAGCGCAGGACCUCAUUCGGCUUCAUCAAAUCCUCGCCUACCGUCAACGUCCACACCACCUGUGGCCGCCACACCGACCAGCUGCUAUUCGGCGGACCCUCCUUGUCGGGUCUCGCUCGCGCUUUUCUGGGGAAG